CCCUCCUCCCUCCCUUCCUCCCUUGCCUUCCAGGUCCCCCGCCGGCGACCCGCCGGCAGGCACUGCCUGGUCUGCACCACUUGGGGCCGGAUCCCCGCGAAGCGGCCAGAGGGGCGGCCCGGCGCAGCGAGCCGGGGCCCCGGAGCGCCCCUAGGCCCUCCCUCCUCCGCGCGGGGGCGGCGCAGAGCUGGAGCAUCCGCGGGGUCCCGGGCACCACUGACCGCCUCGGGCAGCCGCGCACUCAGCGGCUCCCCACGUGCCCGCGCCCCGUGGCGGGGGCGGCGGCGAGAUGGCGGCGCGUGUCGGCCUCCUGCUGCGCGCCCUGCCGCUGCUGCUGUGGGGCGGCCUGGACGCCCAGCUCGCCGAGCGCGGAGGCCAGGAGCUGCGCAGGGAAGCGGAGGCAUUCCUGGAGAAGUACGGAUAUCUCAAGGACCAGGUCCCCAAAGACCUCACCUCGACAAGAUUCAGCAAUGCCCUCAAAGAGUUCCAGUGGGUGUCCCAGCUGCCCAUCAGUGGCGUGCUGGAUACUGCCACCUUGCGCCAGAUGACACGGCCCCGCUGUGGGGUUGCAGACACAGACAGUCAGGCGGCCUGGACGGAGAGGAUCAGUGCCUUGUUUGCUGGACGCCUGGCCAGAAUGAGGCGGAAGAAACGCUUUGCAAAGCAAGGCAGCAAGUGGUACAAGCAGCACCUCUCCUACCGCCUGGUGAACUGGCCACAGCACCUACCCGAGCCGGCAGUUCGUGGGGCUGUUCGAGCUGCCUUCCAGCUGUGGAGCAAUGUCUCAGCGCUGGAGUUCUGGGAGGCCCCAGCCACAGUCCCCGCUGACAUCCGCCUCACCUUCUUCCAAGGGGACCACAACGACGGACUGGGCAACGCCUUUGAUGGCCCAGGGGGCGCCCUGGCGCACGCCUUCCUGCCCCGCCGUGGCGAAGCCCACUUCGACCGCGACGAGCGCUGGUCCCUGAGCCGCCGCCGCGGGCGCAACCUGUUCGUGGUGCUGGCGCACGAGAUCGGCCACACGCUCGGCCUGGCCCACUCGCCCGCGCCGCGCGCGCUCAUGGCGCCCUACUACAAGAGGCUGGGCCGCGACGCGCUGCUCAGCUGGGACGACGUGCUGGCGGUGCAGGACCUGUAUGGGAAGCCCCAGGGGGGCUCAGUGGCCAUCCAGCUCCCAGGAAAGCUGUUCACUGACUUCGAGACCUGGGACCCCCACAGAACACAGGGAAGGCGCCCUGAAAUUCAGGGUCCUAAAUAUUGCCAUGCUUCCUUCGAUGCCAUCACUGUAGAUGGGCAACAGCGACUGUACGUUUUUCAAGGAAGCCACUUCUGGGAGGUGACACCGAAUGGCAAUGUCUCUGAGCCACACCCACUACAGGAGAGGUGGGCAGGGCUGCCCCCCCACAUUGAGGCUGCUGCAGUGUCACUGGAUGAUGGGGACUUCUACUUCUUCAAAGGGAGCCGAUGCUGGAGGUUCCGGGGCCCUAAGCCAGUGUGGGGUUCACCACAGCUGUGCCGGGCAGGAGGCCUGCCCCGCCACCCAGACGCGGCCCUAUUCUUCCCUCCUCUGGGUCGACUGAUACUCUUCAAGGGUGCCCGCUACUACAUGCUGGCCCGAGGUGGACUGCAGGUGGAGCCCUACUACCCCCGAGGCCUGCAGGACUGGGACGGUGUCCCUGAGGAGGUCAGUGGUGCCCUGCCCCGGCCCGACGGUUCUAUCAUCUUCUUCAGAGAUGACCGCUACUGGCGCCUUGACCAGACCAAACUGCAGGUGACGGACUCGGGCCGCUGGGCCACAGAGCUGCCCUGGAUGGGCUGCUGGCACGCCAACUCGGGGGGUGCCCUAUUUUGAAGACGCCCCCACCUCUUAGUGAACUGAUGCCCUAUGGCCAACGUGUGUCCCCUGCCCCAGGGGCAAGCCCUGUCUUGGAAGCCUCUGAGCCUCCCUGCAGAAGACCAGACCACGUCUGCAUCUGUUCCCUGAAGAAUGUGCUCUCAAGACAUUGAACUUUGUGGGAUCAAUCCAAGCAGAAGCCGAAAAGGGUCUCAAACCUUUCCCCAAAGGACUUUCCUCCCUAAGCCUUGGGGAUUUUGUUCCUUCUGCUAAAGGUGCACUUCCUGUCCACGAGGCCGUGGCACUGAGCAACCGGGGAGGAUGUAAAACUCCAUGGAGAGGUUGCGACCACUUGGCAACCUCUCCUUCCCCUCAGGACCUUCUGGCUCAGUUCUUGGAGAAUUGUCUUAAAUGAGAGGCCUCACCUCCAGGAAGCUUGGGUGGGUUGGGUACAAGGAUUUCCAACCUCAGAGAGCCUUGGGUGGAGGGAAGGGGGUGGUUAGGACCCAGAACAAGAGGGAGACUGAUGCAGGCCUGCUGGGCCUGACUUUUGGUGGGGGGUGGGGAGGCUGGAAUAAAGAGGUGCCCCCCCCCCCAGCUUCUGGGCCUGGAGGCGGGCAUCAAUCUUCCUUGGGAUGGUUGCCAGUGAAGAACAGGUGGGGCACGAAUGCUGGAGACGCUGGAACCAUGUUCUUUCAUCCAAGCCAAGACCACAGACUUCUGUGUGAGUAGUUGCGAUGCGGAGAGGGGGCCUGAAAAAGCAACAUGUUCCUGCCCUCCCUUACCCCCCAGGCCAGAUGGAGAGUCAUGGGUGGCAAGGAGAGGACAGGGGCCUCUCUGGAGGGCUGCUCUGCUGCAGGCGCUGGGGUCUCUGCAGGCUGGGGGAGGCCUGGUACUCACAAUGGCCCCAUUCUUCGGGCCACACACGCAGCAUUCCAGGAGCUCCUGCUGGCUGGCCAAGAAUAGCUGGGAUUCCUGGAGAAGGAACCAGCUCCCCAGCCUGUCUUCUGCCUCAGGCAGUCUCCGUCUUAGCAUCUGGGUCUCUUGUCCUCCGCCCUCCACACCUGCCAGUGCCUCAUUUGCACACACACUGACCUUGGCAAGACCAGGCUUCCAGCAGAAGGGGAGAAAGAUCUGGCAAGAUUCAGCCCUCAGCUCCCCACGGGCAUUUCUGGCCCUGCGCUUUCAUUUUUUUUCUCUGUGCAGUGGGGGGAAAUGGCCUUUGACUGCCCUUGGAUGCAAGUGCUUUGUUCCGCCCAGUCCUGGCGGGGAUAGAGGGAGGAGGCUCUUGGCCUGCCCUUUUCCCUCUGGCUUGAACCCUGGGGAGGGGAAAUGAGGGUCUUUAUCACCCUCAAGGGAGCUGCCUGGCCCCCACCUCAAGGCACUGACACUUUGAUUAAAGGCUUUAUU